UAGAAGGUAUCUAGUUGUAACAGACUGACACUUUUUCAAGCCUAGAGCUUCUCAAAGGUGGUUAGGUUACCCCACCCAUUCUCCUAACCUGCCCAGGCCUGUAAUUGCUGCCCAGGGAACUAAAGCUCCUCCCCAAACAAACCUGUGAAAGAUCUAGACCUGAGCUUUUCCUUCUGCCCCUUCUGCAGGACUAGGCUGGUGUCAGGAGGCAGUUUCCUUUAACAUGGGCUCCAAUUCUGGGGAGCCAGAGCUCUUGCCCUGUGGGUCCUGUGACAUGGUUUUCCGCUCCGGGGCCCUGUUGGCCAUCCACACUCAGCGCUUUUGCAUUGGCCGCCUGACCCGGGAAGGGACAAAUAGAGCACAGCCCUCAGUAGCUACGGAAUCAAGGGGUACCGUGGUUGUGUCGGGAGAACUCCAGGGCCGCUUGGACCAGGAGGCCAGCACAUCUGCUCUAAAAAGGUUAACAGAGGAGGUGCAGUGGCUGCGGCUGUCCUUACAGAAAAUGGGACCCUGGAUGACAGAAGGCCCCACCUCCGAGGUUGCAGGGAGCCCUAACGAGAGACUGCAGGCGCUGUACAGGACCCGCGCCCGGCGCGUGGCAGAGACAGAAGCGCAGAGCCGGGCACUGGAGCGACGCGGCAACGAACUAAGCUGGCGCCUCCAAGGUGGGCCGCGGGGAGGGAUAUCCCGCUUAUUCGGUCUAGAACGGCAACUUCGAGAACUCCAGGCAGAGGCCGGACAGACACGGGGAGCUCUAGAGAUGUUGGAAACGCGCCUUCAAGAACUUCAACCCCAGACCGGGACUCGGCUGAAUGCCUGGCGGGAUGCUGAGCUCAAUUGUCCCGUGCUGCAGGUCAACCCAGGAACCUUAGCUGCGGAGAUCCGACUGUCUUUCUUUCUUUCUGUACCCACCCCGCUCCCUAGGGCCCUGCGUGAGGCCUACAUGCGAGGCGGGGGCCGGGACCCCGGUGUUCUGGGCAAGAUAUGGCAGUUACAAGUGGAGGCGUCAGCACUGGAACUGCGGCGGUCGCAGAAUCGCAGGGAUAAAGCAAGUGCAGCCUCAGGGGAGCUUCUAGUAUUGGAAGCAGAAAACCGGCGCCUAGAGGAGAAUAUCCUGGCCUUGCAGAUGCAGAGAUGCCGGGCCCAGACGUUUUGGGGGCCCAGGGAGGCACAACUCCUGGCUGGUCCCUGCACAAGUCCAUGGGGAAAGGGAAAUCCCCCACACCUCCCUCCACCAGUGGCACCCCCACUGCCACCACUUCCAGGCUCCACAAACGUCCAGUUCUCGGGUGGUGCAGAAAAGGCUGUGAGGACCCAGGGAUGCCAGGAUGGGCCACCACUUCCUGGAACCAUGACAAAGAACCUGAGUCUGGACCCACACUUCCUUUUACCCACAUCUGAUGUGCUGGGCCCUGCACCAUACGACCCUGGGGCUGGCUUGUUCAUUUUCUAUGACUUCCUGCGAGGCCUUGAUGCUUCUUGGAUUUGGGUGCAACUACUGACUGGCUUGGCCCGAGAUGGACAGGAUACAGGAGGGACCACAGCAUUGCCCCCAGCCUUUUGCUUGCCCCCACCUCCAGCUCCUGGGCCCAUGGGAAACUGUGCCAUCCUUGCCAGCAGGCAGCCUGUGCCCAGGCUGCUGCCAUCACCGUCAGUAUCUUUGGUGUGUGAGCUACAAGCCUGGCAGGGGUUGGCAUGGGCUAGGGCACCACAGCCAAAGGCUUGGGCCUCACUGGUGCUAUUUGACCGGGAUCAGCGUGUGCUAAGUGGCCGUUGGCGCCUUCCACUUCGGGCUCUUCCUGUGGACCCCAGCCUCAGCUUUGGGCAGCUGAAUGGGAUUCCCCAGGUCAGUGUGGAGGGUGGGGAUAAGGUCUACUCCAAGGUACAGAUAGAGUACCAUUUCAUCUCUCUCCAGGCAGGUCAAACUGAGCUCUUUCUGCGGCUGGUGAAUGCAAGAGAUGCAGAUGUCCAGACAUUGGCAGAGAUUAAUCCAACAAGUGCCCAUGAGUACCAGUACCCACCGGUAUCCAUAUCAUCUUCACUGGAAACAAGUUCCCUCAGCCCCAAGGCUGGCUUUGCUGAUCCCCCACCUCCUACAGAAGAGUCCUUUGGCAGAGUCAAGACUAAAGAUGAAAUUUUGAGCUAUGACCGACCCCAACAGGGGAGCUAGAGGGAACAUGAGGCUUAUUCCCAGACACCGGUAGCUUUUACUACUCCAUAGUUUAGAAGCAAAUGAGCUUGUGAAUUCUAACCACAUCUGUAUCACCUUUGGCAAGUAGUUGAUCUUUCUCCAACUGUUUUCUUUUGUAACCAUUUACUGAGGAUUAAAUGAAUCUGUCAGGUAUUUACAAUAUUACCUGGCACUUUCUUUUUGUAAAAGCCAA